CAAGUGAAGCUAUAGUUCCAUUUGAGUGGUGAUCCGAUCAGAUUUGAAUUUUAGGGCUUGGCUAUGGCCGUGUGGAGCUGGGGGGCGGGAACGCAGGGCCAGCUUGGAUUGGGGACGAUGAUCGACGCACUGCUGCCACAAGCCAUGGAUCCGCCACUUCGAAUUCUGGACAUGGCUUGUGGAGGCGCCCAUGCCGCAGCGAUUUUGGAUGGAGGACGUGUGGCGACGUGGGGGCGAGGAUUGAUUGGUCACGAGGGCGAUUCCGAGAAGGAUGCUGCCGCUGUUGUUGCUGUUCCAAGUGUAGUAGAAUUUUUUGGAGGUCACAGAGUUUGUGAAGUAGCUGCUGGAUGGAACCACACCGCAUUUGUCACUGAAUCCGGGGAGCUUUUCACCUGUGGAGAUGGAGCUUUUGGACAACUCGGCCAUGGAGACUUUGUAAGUCGAGGAACUCCCUGUAAAGUUCUGGCUCUUUCCAAUGCUUUCAAAGUUGCCUGUGGAAUGCGCCACACACUGGUUCUCUCCGGAGAAGGUGAUGGUCGAGUUGUCAAAGCUUUUGGACUAGCCAAGCGUGGUCAGCUCGGCAGCCUUUCGUCCAAAGAGCUUAACAAAGUGGCUUCUCCCCAAGCAAUUCCAUCGCUCGACUCCUACAGUGUUUCGAUUGUGGCAGCAAAUGGAGACCACAGUGCAGCUUUGAGUGUGGCCAGCUUUAUCUCUGGGGAAAAGCAUUUGAUGAUCAAUCGGGUGCUUACGUACCGUUCCUCGCAAGUGAAGAGCUUAAGUUCCACCGAGUUUCUCUCGGCUGGAACCAUGGCCUUGGUCUUACAGUGUCCUGCAGAGGACGGGGAAGCUAUUUCUUGGGGGACUAAUCGGCAUGGUCAACUCGGAUCCUCUAGAUGCAUAAGCGAAAGGUCGAACAUCAAGUUUUAUAGAGUACAAGGGUUGGAAAAACACAGAGUAGUUUCCAUAUCUGCUGGAUCCGAGCACUCUGCCGCUGUUGAUGCUGCUGGUGACCUGUAUACGUGGGGAUGGGGCGAACACGGGCAGCUUGGGCUUGGCCAUGUAAACGACGAGAGGCAUCCUUGUAGAGUAGUAGUUGGACAAUGCCAAAGAAGUCGUGUAUGUUGUGGCAGUGGCUUCACGUUUGCAUUUUGCAAUUGACCUGUAGGACAUUGUUAUAACUUCGGUAUGCUCGAAUACAAUUCCCACAGAAUAUAUAAACAUUUGCUUA